AAGACACUGCGAAAGAAACCCUACACCAGUGUGACAUCCAGCCAAGGGAACUGGAAGCUGUGGCCGCUGACACAACCCGCUGACAAACCCUGUGCUAUGAAGCCCCCACCGGCUUUGAAGACAGGCACUGCCAAAAACCGUGGAUUCUGACAAUACGUUAGUCAAGGCUACAAUGGCGCUGAGUCAUUUGUGGUAACCACCAGACUGUGUGUCGGUGUGAAGCCGGAAUCCGGUUUUAUUAUUUUGGGGACUGGAUGUUCUGCAAUGGCAGCCCUGUCUUCCGCCAACCUGGGUUUAACAUGUUGUGUGAACUCAGCCGCUGAGCAGCUGACAUGAGCACCCGGCUACAGUGGAUGCGCUGGGCUGGUCCUUGCUCUCCCUAACAACGUUUCCCGUUUUUCCUCGUUUUUUGACAGUCAGGAUGGCCAUUUGGGUAAAUCAUUUCAAGUUUUUUGCUGUAUUCGGAAUUGAUCACUUUCAUCCUGCCUUUUUGCAGCUCUUGGAAGCCUUCAAGGUCAGAAUGAUGACCGUCUUUAAGAAGGGAAGCUCGCAACCACUCAGGCCAAAGGCCAAAAGCCAAACCUUCCAAAUUGCACCACCGGUGCUCUGAACCGCGCUCUUCACGAAGAGCAAAAAUCAUGUUUUCUUCGGGAGCCCGGAAGUGCCUUCUCCUACAGGCGAUGGGCUGCUCUUCUAUGUUUUGCUUCUAGUGAUAAGGGGAACUUCUUUCGCGCCCCGCCCCCCGGUGGUGUGUUUUCAUCUCCUCGCCUUCAGGUCGCCGCCUCCUUCGCCUACGUCACCCGCGGGUUCUGCCGAGCGACCAAUCAAGCGAGAGCAAAGGGGUGGCGCGGCCAAUGAGCGACCCCGUCGGCCAGCAGGUCGGGCCUAGAGAGCAAGAGAAGCCGGGUGCGGAGCCGGGGAGUCGAGUGAUCGCGCCGGCCGGGCGAAGUGCCGCGGGCGGCGGCCGCCUCCUCCGACAACGCCGCCGUCAUCAUGUCCCGGUGGUUCUUCCCGUGGUCAAGCUCGAUCAAGAAGCGGGCCUGCCGCUACCUGCUGCAGCACUACCUGGGCCACUUCCUGGAGGAGCGGCUCGGCCUCGAGCAGCUCAGCCUCGACCUCUACGCGGGCGCCGGCCGCCUCACCCGCCUCCAUCUCGACGUCUGGUCUGUGAAUGAGUUCCUGGAGUCCGUGGGGGCCCCGCUGGAAAUCCUGGAUGGCUUCAUUGACAGCAUUGCCGUCACCAUCCCCUGGUCUGCCUUAGUCACUGAGAACUGCACUGUGGAAGUGAGCGGCCUGCAGGUCACGUGUCGGCCCAAAUAUCGUCGAGCGAACUCUGGUUCCGAGGCCCAAAGCUGGGCGUCAUGCAUGACCACCAGCAUGCAGCUGGCCCAGGAGUGCUUGAAGGAACAGGCUGAAGAGCCGUCAGAUGCCACCCAGCCCCUGGAGGGCCUGGAGAUGUUUGCCCAGACCAUUGAAACAGUUCUGAGAAGGAUCGAAGUGACCUUUCUGGACACGGUGAUACGUGUGGAACACACGCCCAGAAGUGGGGAGGCAGCCGGUGUGGCCCUGGAAAUCCACAUCAAGAGGUUGGACUACUGCGAUGAAGUGGUGCGGGAUCCUGGGCAGGCGCUACCAGUCGACAUCCACCAGCCUCCGCCCUUUGUACAAAAGUUCCUGCAGCUGAGCGGCGUCUUGCUUUACUAUGAGGAAUUUGGUGAGGGCAGUGCCCGGGGCCCGAAGGAGGCCGAGCUGUGCGAUUCCCCCAGGGAAGAAGCCGGACCCAGCCCUCUGCUUCAGAUCGGAAGCUGCUCCGGGUACACUGAGAUGAGGAUUAAGCUCAAGCAAAAUGAAGCCUUCCCUGGAGCCAAGCUGGAGCUGGAUGGAAAGAUCGGAUCACUGCACCUCCUACUUGCCCCUCAGCAAAUUUUGCACCUGGCGGACCUUCUAUCAUCCCUGAACCUCUCUGAAUCUGGCGUUCUGCAGGAACAGCUGAGCAAAAACCGCCCUCUGGAUUCGGAAGAUCUGAAGUUGAUUGAGCAAGACCUUAGCCAGCAGCUGCAUUCAGGGUUGGGAUCAGCUACUGCACGUCUGGAGGGGUUGGCGGCUGCUGCUGGAGUAGAGAAUGGAGAAAUGUUCUUCUCCAUGGCCCCCAUGAUGAGCAGCGUAACAUCUCUGCGUUCAGUCAGCGACCUCUCAGAGCUUGAUCUUGAUUCCUCCAUCCACAGUGGCAUUAGCACAGGUCCCUUGCAGCCUCCAGCCUUUACCCCGGGGCUGAUCUUGGGAAGCCCCCGGCGUUACAGACGGUUGCCUUUUGCCUCAACCCUGCCAGGUCUCAAUAAGAUACCAAGCAAGGCUGGCCACUUGCCACCCCCCUCCUUGGAGAGCCAGCGCCCUGAGAUGCUGUUGCGGGUGACUGUCGGGGGGCUUACCUUGACCCUGCUCCAUCAGCCUCCAGGGCUUUUUCCGUCCGAGGUCCUCCCUCUCCUGGUGGCUCAGCGCUUCUUCUCCCAGCUGGGGGGCCUGAAGGACUCUGCUUUCGGGGGCCGGGACUUCCAUCCCCUGCGCCAGUGCUUCGAGGGGGCCAUUCCGCGCAGCCACGUCAGGCUCACGGCGGCCGCGGUCCAACUCACCUGCGAACGCAAGACUUCUCGGCAGCUCCAUGGACUUAACUGGGACGCCUCCUUCGGCCUUCUGGAGAUCUUGGAAUGCCUCUGGCCAGCGGGCGGCAGAGCAGGAAAACCUGAAUACACUCAGCUGCUGGUCUUUCCCACCCCGGGCACCGUUCCCUACAGCCAGUCGCCUCAGCCCUGCGCACGCAUCCACGCCAAGCACUUGGAGAAGCUGCCCCCCUCCAAGAGUUGCCUUGCCAAAGUUGCCUCUGCCAAGCUGACGGUGGAGCUGGUGGUGGAGCUGGCCGAGUUCUGCUCCGAAGUGGACCUGGGCACGCUGGAUCGCCUCUGCUCCCUGCUGCAGCCUGCCAUGGGGCCACCCAGGCCGGGCGGCUAUCCUCCAGAGGGACCCGUGCCAGGUUUCCCCCCGGCUGCCAGAUGGCAGGCCAGCGUGCAGCUGGGGGCCCCCAAAGCCUCCCUGCAUCUGCAGUUCCCCAUCCCGGACCUCCGAGCCUGGCCCGAGAGGCGUCCCUGGGCCGAGAAGGCGGUGCGCAAGGAAAGCUUGCGGCUGGACCUGGCCGGCAUUGAGCUGCGCGUGGAUUUGGAGCCAACGGGGCCCACCCAGUUGGAAGUCACCUUGGCCGACUUGCAUGGCAUCUACGAAGAUGGGGAGAACCUGUCGGUGCCUUGCUUUCGGGUGGGCAAAGCCCCUGACUUGCUGGCCAGAGGCGUUGGGAAGAAAUAUCUCCUCCCAAAACUCACCCUGACCUUCUGCCCUCCACCCACGGAGGGCCCCUGGGAUUCGGUGCUGGCAAAAGCUGAAGAGAUGGAGCUCUCGACGGUUGAAAGCCCCUGCGAGCUGAAGCAGCCAGAGCCUUCGCCCUUCUCCUCCAAGCGGACGAUGUAUGAGACAGAGGAGAUGGUCAUCCCUGGAGAUCCCGAGGAGAUGGCUGAGUUCCAGAGCCAGACGCUGGCGGCCUCCCGCUACACUCUGGAGCUGACCUUCCCCACCAUCCACAUCUUCUUCCCGAGCAAGAAGUUCUACGAGAGCAUCUACAACAGGAUCAAUAAUGACCUCCUGAUGUGGGAGCCCUUCAGCCCACCCCCAAGCCCCUCUGUUCCUCCAGGGGGGGCUGGAUCAACAUCCCCCUUUGCCACUGACGGGCCCUCACCUGUCCAUUGGCCAGAAAGCUUCCAGAUCUGCAAAUCAGCCUUUAAAAUGGAUUCAGACUCAGAGGAUGAGGACUCCCACUUCUACUCAGCGGAUGAGACGGGCACGCAGCAGAAAAGGGGGGAGCAGAGAUACCCAUCGCCCCAGAGCUGCAUCUCUGUUGUGCUUCGCGUGGGCAAGGGACGGAUUACGGCUCUCUGCGACGCCAAAGGCGAGGGAGGCAAGAAACUGGAAGCCACCCACGGGGAACUCAUCUUGGAUGUGGAGAACGGUAGCCUCUUCAGUGUCUCGCACUACAAAGGCCGCGAGGACAUCGGCUACUUCUGUAUUGAGGCAGAGAAGGUGGCCCUUUAUCAUAAAGCUGUCAUGGAGGACUAUCUUACAGCUGAACAUCUGGAAAUUCCCAAUUUCCUGCCCCCUGAUGGGCUACACCCCACCAUCUACGCCUCCCAGGAAGGUCCUAUCAGCUGGCCUUUGGGGGCCAAGAAGGACGAGCCCUUCAAGAUGCUCUCCGUGGCCAUCCAGAUCAAUCUGGACUUGGAGAAGAACAUAAAGGAGUUCCUGGUGACGCUGCGCCUCGAAGGCGCCACCCUACGGCACCACAUGGCACUUGCACACCAGAGCUGGUACACACAGUUGAUCGACUUCCUGGAUGUCGUGGAUGACCCCAUCCUGGGCUUCGCGCCCCCCGCCAUCAUCACCGUUCUGCACACCCACCUCUUCAGCUGUGCUGUGGAUUACAGGCCUCUCUACUUGCCCAUCCGGGUCCUCAUCAUGGCUGAGACCUUCACGCUCUCGAGUAACAUCAUCGUGGACACCUCCGUCUUCCUCCUCCGGUUCAUUUUGGAUAACUCCACUCUGUUCCUCUCCAACAAAUGCGAAGCAGAGACGGGUGACCUGAAUAAAGAUUACGUUUGUGUGGUGGACGUGGACCUUCUGGAGCUGGUCAUCACCACGUGGAAGGGAGCCACGACUGGCAAACUGGUGCGUUCCUAG